AUUUGGCUAGGUUUAACAACACAUCACUCAGACGUGGAAAACAACGGGGAUUGAAGUGCAGUUCGUAUAGUUGUAGUCUUAGGCUUUAUUUACGGUGAACCAACACCGUUUUAUAUGAAAACAUAACAGCAACAUACGGAACAGUACUUUGGUUGCCGCAAAGAAGCUUGUCACACAAUCACGGGAGUGAGUGAGUGAGCGAGCAAGCGAGGGAGAGAGAGGCCUCUCGUUUCCAGCCUUCCCAGACUCCCAGAUGGAGGAGCCUCUGCACUCACACUGCCUGUCAUGCAUAAACCGGCGGUGCAUGGUCCGCCCGGAGCCGGGCGCCUCCUGCGACCUGAUGGGCUGCCCGCUGGUGUGCGGCGCCGUCUUCCACUCGUGCAAGCACUCGGAGCACCGGCUGCUGUGCCCGCUGGAGCGCGUGCCCUGCCUCAACAGCGGCUUCGGCUGCCCCUUCACGCUGCCCCGGGCGCGACUGGCCGAGCACCUGCUGGUCUGCCCCGGCAGCGUGGUCUGCUGCACCAUGGAGUGGAACCGCUGGCCCGUCAGCUACGCCGACCGCAAGUCCUACGAGCACCUGAGCUGCGGCGGUGGCGGCAGUCCCGGUGGCAUUAACGGAGGAGGAAAUGGGAACGGGAGCUGCGGCGGUGGCGGCGAGCCUGACAGGCCAGUAGAGCAGCUGGACAUGGCUCUGGCGCUGCAGGACCAGCGCAUGCUGCUCGAGUCCCUGCGCGUCACCACCACCAUCAGCCACGGAGGCGAGGAGAUCCCCACACGGGCGCUGAUCCAAGAUCAGCCACACCCGUUUCAUCAGCAUCUGCACCAGCAGCAUCAACAGCAGCAGCCAGAGAGUCAGGAGCCUCAGCAGCCACAUCAGGCUCAGCAGCAGCAGCAGCCACAUCAGCAGCAGACGGCGUCCCAGCGGCCCGAGCUGGCGCGCGGCCUGAUGGACAUGCAGGAGGAGUCGUACAGCGAGCUCUACAAGGCCUCGGUGGAGACCAGCCGCAGCCUGGCCGCCGCACUGGACAUCCUGACCGGAGCCAGCAACAACAAGGACAUGGACCUGCUCAUGGACGGCUACGCCGGCGACAAGGAGCCCAGAAACGGGGGCGCGCCACCACGAGGAGGAGGAGGAGCGCUGCACCACGGGGAGGUGCUCAACGGAGAGUGCCGCCAUCGCGACGGAGUCAAGGGCGGCAGGAACGUCGUGGAGAUGAAGGACGCCAGCACGGACUCGGAGUGCGAACUGGGGGCGGUGGGAGGCGUGGACCUCAACCACUCCAACGGCCUCAUGAGCUGGGAGGCCCAGCACCACCAGCACCACAAUAACGGCUUCGGGAAGUCGGUCGAGGUCAUCAUCGACGGGAGAGACAGCGACGCGGAGGAGAGAGGGGAGCUGUUGCAGUUGCCGCUCGUGAAGCCCAGGCGGAAAAAAGACAAGUCUCAGUGUAACGGCUUCCACCACCGACCCGACAGCAGAGGCGCCGCCGCUCACCGGCGCCACCAUCGGCACCUUCACGCCAAGCACAAGCUGCCCGCCGGCGGCCAUAACGGAUGCUCUGACCUGAGCCAGGCGGAGCUGGUCCUCCACCACGCCGCGCCCGUGGUGAUGGUGGAGCCGGCUGUCCCCCAGCAACACGCUAGCAUCACCGUCCCUUACCUGUCGCUGCCCGUGACGGCCCGCUCCGACCAGAGGCCCCUGCUGCUGCCCAGUCACCGCCUCAUGCUGGAGGAGGACGAGGAGGAGGAGUUUCACAUGAACGGCAGCCAGCCUCUGGUGGUGGCCGUGGAGGGAGGCCAGGCUCUGGAUCUGGAUCUAGCGCUGGACCUGGAGGAGGUGCUGCAGCCACUGGUGGUGGUGGAGGAGGAGCUCCAGGAGGAGGAGGAGCAGCUGGACCUCCCUCCGCUGGUGGUGGGGGAGCAGCUCGACGCCCUGCUGGAUGGCGUAGAGCUGCAGCCACUGGUGGUGGCUGAGGUGGAGGACGAGGUUAUGGCCAUGGGCCCCGACGGGGACGGGGACAGGGACAGGGACGGGCCGAUGAAUGGCGAGGGGCUGCAGCUGCAGGCGGCCGACCGCUGGCUGGAGCGCAAGCUGCAUAACCUGCAGGUGCUGCAGGGGGUCUUCAACGUCAAUGGGAGCCGGCGCUCGCUACUGUCACACCCCUACCGACUCUUCCGCGCCAAGAUGGAGGACAAGGCGGUGGACACGCUUGACCUGGAGGUGUCGGAGGACGCGGACGACCCGUCCGGCCUGCACGGCAUCGACCUGAUCACGGCGGCGCUCCUCUUCUGCCUGGGCGACUCGCCGAGCGGCCGCGGCAUCUCCGACAGCCGCUUCGUGGACAGCCUGCACAUGGACUUUGGCACGCAGACCUUCUCCUUCCCGUCGGCCAUCUUGGCCACCUCCACCAUGGUGGGGGACAUCGCCUCGGCGUCGGCGUGCGACCACGCCAGCCCGCAGCUCUCCAACCCCAGCCCCUUCCACACGCUGCGGCUGGACCUGGUCCUGGAGUGCGUGGCUCGCUACCAGACCAAGCAGCGCUCCAUGUUCACCUUUGUGUGCGGCCAGCUGUUCCGGCGCGACGAGUUCUCCUCGCACUUCAAGAACGUGCACGGGGACAUCCACGCGGGGCUGAACGGCUGGAUGGAGCAGCGCUGCCCGCUGGCCUACUACGGCUGCACCUACUCGCAGCGCCGCUUCUGCCCCUCGCUGCAGGGCUCGCGCGUCGUCCACGACCGGCACCUGGGCUCCUUCGGCGUGCAGUUCAACGUCCCCGAACAAGGGUCCCAGGGCUCCACCCUUCCCUCCCUAAGAGGUGGUGGCAGCAUGGUGCGCAGCUACAGCUGCCAGUACGGGAGCCAGUGCGACCACCUGAGCAGCCUGCCCUUCGAGGUGCUGCAGCACGUGGCCGGCUUCCUGGACGGCUUCAGCCUGUGCCAAUUAUCGCGGGUCUCGCGCACCAUGCGGGACGUGUGCGCCAGUCUGCUGCAGGGCCGCGGCAUGGUCGUACUGCUCUGGAAGAAGAUACGACAGCCAGAUGGAUCCAACUCUUGGCAGAUCAAAGACAAGGUGUGGCGCUUCAGCACGGCGUUCGGCACGGUGAACGAGUGGAAGUUUGCCGACAUCUCCAGCAUGGCGGACCACCUGAAGACGUGCAAGUUCAACAUGGUGUCGCGGCGAGAGGAGGCCAUCCCGCUCCCCUGCAUGUGCUUCACCCGCGAGCUGACCCGCGAGGGACGCUCCCUCCGCUCCGUCCUCAAGCCAGUGUUAUAACACACGCACGCUCGCACUUCUACAGUGUGUUAUAACACACACACACACACAGCUGCGACAUGGAUGUGUACACAGACACCAUCAUGAGAAUGCGUAUAAAUACAUAGCCGAUUUUUACCGUCUUCGUGUGUCUGCACCACGCCUUUGCAUGUGAAUUUGUGUUCUACGACGCCCUAUGACAUGUUAGGGUUAGGGGUGGUUUUGUGUCUGGGCAAAAUUUCAUUUUAUCCUUGAUUUGUUUCGCUGUUGAUGGCAAAAGUAGAGCUGCAGAAAUGCUGCUUUACUGACAGAGUAGGGUUAGGGAUGGUUUUGGUCAGGGCACAGCUUACCAGUGUGUCGUUCAGCAACAGAAAUGCAUCGCGACUGACGGAAAACUACUCGCCUCGUGUGAGCCUGGUCACGCGACAAAACUGCUUUUCUGUGGCGUUGCACUCCACGACUUGACAAGGAAAAGGCGUUGGACCAACAUGUGUAAUGCACACCUUUUUACAAUGGCAGUCUGCAGACACACACAAACAUAUCCAUUGCACUUGCAUAGCUCAUUACACACACACACACACACACACACAGACGCACUUACACACAAGCAUAUCCAUACAUCGCAAUCUGCAUUGUGCAAAUGUACACCACGACAUACACACUCCAGUUGAACUGUCAAAGCAAUGCACUACAUGUAUUUUUGAACUAUCACAAAUGAAACACUCAAUCAUGAUGUCAUAGCCAUGGACUUGAGCACUCUUCUGUGUUUUCACACCAUGUUAUUUUCGAUCAUUUCAAACGAGUUUGGUUUUUUUUGUAAUUAUUUUCUGCCCACCUUCUACUCAGACUGUCGACUGCAGGUUGCUCUGAUCUCUAGUUCAACACCCUGCAGAUGUGUAAAUAAAAUGUAGCCCUUUUUGAGGUUUGGAAAAGGAACAAAUCCCUAUAUAUUUUUUGUAAAGGAAAAUACUGUGCCGACUUGUUUAAGACUUUUAAUGAAUUAUAAUAACAAAUAAAAUGAAGUAGAAAGCAGAGCCUUAAGAGGAAAAAAAACACACUUGAUUUUUAAAGCUGUGUCGGAAACCUUUAAUAACGACCCUGCCAUACCGGAUUAUUACUGUACUGUUUUAUACUGCAUGGUGUGGUUUCAAAAAAAAAAAAAAAAAGAAAUGUGUAGCAGUCAUCUCCGGGUUGACACGUAAUGUGCUGUAUAAUACAGACAGUGUCAGUCGGAAAAGCUCAUGGAUUUUUAUAGUCUUGUUUUUUUUCUGUUUUACAUGUUUUUUGUUUCAUUUUCAAAGAACAGUUAAUGUCUGAAAACGGUGUUUUGCUGUGGACCGUUUUGUGUGAGGUCAGCUGUAUGUGUUGAAUGGCCGGACAUCAAGCCAUGCCUGUUUUGUUUUUGUUUUUUUGUUUUUUUCCCUUAAAAUGUCAUAGACCAGUUGGAGUGUUUCUAGGUCUGAUUUAUGUACAGUCAUGCCUGGAGUAUUUUUCUUUUGAUGGUCCUGUUUAGGUAUAGGGACUUCCAGAACGUCCAACAGUUCUCGUGUCUUGACUUGAAGUACACGGUUGAUAACACAGAUAGAUUUUAAGGCAAGAGAAUCACCUAGCACUUUACCGAGUUGUCAAUAUGAAGUUUACGCUAGUCAUUCAUUAUUUUGUUUUGUUUGUUUGUUUUUGUGACUCCAGCAUUAACUUGUCUAGUGGUGCCCCCCUGGGCCUCGUUUCUCGACAGUGUUGUUGCUAACCGAGUUAGCAACUUACUUGGUUGCAAUGCAAUUUCCCAUUGGCAACUUAGUAAGUUGCUAAGGAGUUAGCUAUGACACUGUCAAGAAACCGGGUCCUGACCAGUUUGCAGCUCAGCCUGUGCCUAGAGUAUGAACAAACAUCAAGCUGUAUCUUGCCCCUCACAUGGCCCCCUUUUUUGUCUUUCCACAAUGCAUAGUGGUACUGUGUUCCAGCUUACAAUAACUCAAGACGUUUUCAGACUGAUGAUGAAGUGUGCUGGUGCUGAUUCACUCAACCGAACUGCCAGAUGAAUUGACACCAAAAAUCAGCAUGCUUUGGAACUGAAAGCUUGAAAACACUUAAUCAUGACUUAAUCACUUAACAACUUGUUUUAUUUGUGUUUUGUUUAAGUGGCUGUUGCCCCUUAAUGCAUCCACUCAAUUUCAUUUCACACAACUGUCUGAUGCUAAUGUCAUCAUGAUAUUAUAAACUAUCUGAUGCUGAUGUCCUCAAUAUAAUUUCCCAUAUUGAUGUUUUAUAUCACAACAAGGCUGGAUGACUCGACUUCAAUUCAAAUGUGUCUUUAAUUAGCUGGGCUGGAUAGAAUCAUAAGAAAACACAUGGCUUCAAAGAAACAGAUCUUGAACAUUCAGAGAGACAUUCAGAGAAACUCAGACAAAUUGAACAAAAUAAAUGACAGUGAAAGUACAAAGAGAUUUGUACACAUGCGCUUGAUCAUUGGCAAUUAAUGAUGCUAUUGCCAAUCUAAUUGAAUUUUGCAUAAAUUGCAUGGCCAGCCAUAGUGGGAUAUGUCUUAUUUUGUGGCAAAGCAAUAAGUCAAUAAAGCAUAAUGAUAUGAUACAGGCCAUUGGCAAGCAAUUAUAUCAGUUCCCAGUGUAACUGGCGCAGGAACCAGCACCGGCACAGAAAUGGUUUGACUGAAAACAUCCUGAUUGGUCCUGUCUAGACAACCACCUUUUCAAAACUUUCAUCUUCUGCUGGCUGCUCUGAAAUGACCUCCUUCAGCAAGCGCAAUACGCUCAGUCGGUUCUCAGUAUUCCACAGUGCGGUCAUCAAUUCAGUCCGUUUUGACAGCCCAUCAGGGAGACAGCCAGAGGAUGUCUGUCUCCUGGAAGCAGACUACAGUACUGUACUGUGAAAUGCGGAGCCAGACGAGGCUGUUGUCCUCCGAGGCUCCUGCACAAGACAAGACUAUCGAGGCCACGUAGUCUUGAGGCCUCUGCCUGCCGUUCGAGACUACAGUACCAAGGCUGUGAAAUUGUCAGAGGUUGUUCAUGGUCAUUGUUUUCACAAAGCCAAGGGGCUGAGUCUGUCUGUCUCUCUCUCUUUCUCUCUCUCUCUCUCUCUCUCUCUCUCUCUCUCUCUCUCUCUCUCUCUCUCUCUCUCUCUCUCUCUCUCUCUCUCUCUUUCUCUCUCUCUCUGACCUGCUCACUGUUAAUCUCUCUGGCGGUGUGACCCAGUGUUAAGUACUAAAACAGCAGCACUGUGGGAACUUCAUGGUACUGGACGUAUAGUUAGAAUGAACAGUGAAUGUACUAGAGAGGCAUGUACUGGGGUAAAGAUUGCAAUGGCAAGAGAGGGCAACGGCAAUGGCAACGUAUGUUGGGUGUUGGGAUAAGGUUUUGAUGUGAUGGUUUCGUGUGAUCACUGCCAGAGACUUAUGGGUGGUUAUGACGUUAUGGUUGUGACGGUUAUGAUACGGCAAAGGGGUUACAACGGAUGGUGGUCGUUGGCCUAAUGCUCAGGGCGAGGCCUGGGAUGAACUUGCUGUUAAGGACACGUACAUGUACGUACUGUACACAUCCAGUAUGCAUGGCGACCAUGCAUAUCCUCCUGGCCGAGUGCUUUCUUGGCCCAAGAGUUCAGUGUUGGAGUGGCUUGCUGUUCUCUCUCUCUCUCUCUCUCUCUCUCUCUCUCUCUCUCUCUCUCUCGCUCUCUCUUUCUCUGACGGGUGGACCGCUGAUCCACAGCCUUCAAAGUGUCUUCAGGGUCUUAGACUUCCAGUGCAUGUUGACACGUGUGAUUUAAUAAUAAAAACAAUUUGUGAUGUUUUAAA